AUGCCUCUUUACAACGUCACUUUGAAGCAGGAUUCUCCUCCUGCCGAGCUUGAGAAGGCCAAGGAUGAUGCUCGUAGCGGUGGAGGCACCAUCAAGCACGAGUAUAGUCUCAUCAAGGGCUUCACUGUCGAGUACCCUGAGGACAACGUCACCAUUCUGGAGUCGUCCGAGCACAUCCACGUGGAGGCUGACGGCAACGUUUCGACCCAGUGA